CCGCCCCGCCCCGCGCGGGGCGCGCACACCCGCGGGCAGCUCCGCGGGGCUCCCCGCGGCCCUGCGCUCCGUGCCAGCCUCCGCCGGAGCGGAGCGGAGCCCAGCCCACCGCCCAUGUGGGGCUGCCGCCGCCGCGGCCGCUGCCCGCAGGGCCGGCGCUGCCGAGUAUGUAUGACCAACUGCCCUACUCUGAUUGUCAUGGUGGGUCUCCCAGCAAGAGGAAAAACCUACAUUUCCAAGAAGCUGACACGCUACUUAAAUUGGAUUGGAGUGCCCACGAAAGAAUUUAAUGUUGGUCAGUAUCGUCGAGAUCUGGUGAAAAAGUAUAAAUCCUUUGAAUUCUUCCUGCCUGAUAAUGAAGAAGGCUUGAAAAUCAGGAAACAGUGUGCCUUAGCCGCGCUGAACGACGUCCGGCAGUACCUCAGCGAGGAGAACGGGCACGUGGCUGUCUUUGAUGCUACAAACACAACUCGAGAACGUAGAGAAACGAUUUAUAAAUUUGGUGAAGAAAACGGAUAUAAGACCUUUUUUGUGGAGUCUGUAUGUGUUGAUCCAGAGGUCAUUGCUGCAAAUAUUGUGCAAGUGAAGCUGGGUAGUCCUGACUAUGUGGAUUGUAGUAAUGAUGAAGCAACAGAAGACUUCAUGAAAAGAAUAGAGUGCUACAAGAACUCGUAUGAGACCUUAGAUGAAACUCUGGACAAGGAUCUUUCUUACAUUAAAAUUAUGGAUGUGGGAAGGAGUUACCUGGUGAACAGAGUGAUGGAUCACAUCCAGAGCCGGAUUGUCUACUACCUCAUGAAUAUCCAUGUGACUCCUCGGUCAAUCUACCUCUGCCGCCACGGAGAGAGCGAGCUCAACCUGAAGGGGAGAAUAGGAGGAGAUCCUGGGCUGUCUGUCAGGGGCAAGGAGUUUGCCAGAAGCUUGGCACAGUUUAUUAAUGAGCAAAAUAUCAAAGAUCUGAAAGUUUGGACCAGCCAGAUGAAAAGGACAAUUCAGACUGCUGAAGCCUUGGGAGUGCCUUAUGAGCAGUGGAAGGUUUUGAAUGAGAUAGAUGCAGGAGUGUGUGAAGAAAUGACAUAUGAAGAAAUACAGGAAAAUUAUCCUCUUGAAUUUGCACUGAGAGACCAAGACAAAUACAGAUACAGAUACCCUAAAGGAGAGUCCUAUGAAGAUCUUGUUCAGAGGCUGGAGCCAGUAAUUAUGGAACUUGAAAGGCAGGAAAAUGUGCUUGUCAUUUGUCACCAAGCUGUCAUGCGCUGUUUGCUUGCGUAUUUCCUUGACAAGCCCGCAGAACAACUGCCCUACCUGAAGUGCCCACUGCAUACCGUCCUAAAGCUAACCCCGGUGGCUUAUGGAUGUAAAGUAGAAUCCAUAUUUCUGAAUGUCGAAGCUGUAAACACACACAGAGAUAAACCUGAGAACGUAGGUGUGAAUAGGUCGAGAGAAGAAGCUUUGAGGACAGUCCCCACGCACCUAUAGCUGCAGCUCCCGGGGCAGCAGCCCUUCCUCCAGCAGCUCAGGGCCCGGCGGUGUCGGAGCAGGGCGGGAUGGACGCGCCUCCCCUCCCCUUCCCUUCCAGACAUUUCGAAUGUGAUUCUGCUCCUUCAACAAAACCUGUGCUCGUGGAUGACUCGGAAGGUAUCAGUGAAAAGAUUGUGGGGAGCAGAGCAGAGUUGGGUUUAGAUUUUUCUUAUGUAAAUUUGUGCAGUUUCAGUGGGUUUUUACUGUUUGUCUGUGGAUAACGCAAGGUGGUUAACUGCCCGUGUUGAUUUUACUGUCAGAUUUUAACUAGAUUUUAUUUUCUUUUUGUAAGUGUUUUUUCUAAGAGUUCUCUUAUUUUUACUGUGAAUGAUUGCCUAGAAUUACAUGGAGUUUUUCAAUGGCAUAUUUAACAUGGGCAAAAUUCUACAUUUUGAGCACUGGAGGCUUCGUGUUGCAAAGCUGCUUUAAAUGGGGAAGCCCAUAAUUGAUAAUUGUCCUGUGUUUUGAAUUGAACUGUGGUUUGCCAACCACCACUUAAAAUUUUUCAGAAAUUCACAAGGGAGAUGUUCCCUUUGGAAAAUCAAAGCAUUAAAGCUGGAUUUGCUACCUGGGGAAUUCUGCUAUUUUAGUAAGAUUUUGACACUUUCCAGAGACGAGGUGUAUUUUGGAGGGCAGUGGGGGACAUGAGUGUGAGUGACAAAUGGGGAAUGAAGGGAGAGAGAUGGAGAGAGACCUGUCCUUUCUGCUGCAGUUAUGGGAGAGGAUGAGCAGCUUUUCUGAGUCUGGAAGGGAGGGGGAAAGGAUUCAGUCUGUCAAGGCCUGGAGAAGCUGCUUGUCUUGUUAGUGUUGUCUUUAUAUUUUUAGAGAAUUUUUGGAAUGAAUUUCAACAUAAAAGUAUAUGUUUUCUUUUAUAGCCACAUUUAAUACGUACAGCACGAAACAGUACAGAAAGGUUAGGUGAGUUUAACCAUUCUAACAGCUCAUGCAACAAAAACACCAGGUAAAUUCUGAAAUAAUUUUAACAAGGCACACCUGCCUUGGAGUUUUUUGUAUUGUUUUAAAGCACCUUCCAUCAUCCCAAUUCUUUGUUGCUCUUUUAUGCCUAGUGAAACUCCAGUGCCAAAAGUGGAAUUUUCUCUGUCUGUCAAGGUCACAACCUUUUAACUGUACUAAAUCAAAGUGUAUUUUGUGUGUGUGUUACCAGACAACUGAAGUGAGCUGCCAGCACUGCUGCUGGCUCUAGCUCUGCAAUGAGGAGAACUAUUCUUUGGUAGUUGAACUGUGUUUUUUCUAAGGAUUCUCUCCAGUUAAUUGAACUUUUACCAUGUGAGUUGGUGGGGUUGCUUUGUUGUUUUGGUUUUUUUUUUUCUUUUCUGAAUUCCUGUGUGAAAUACCAGGCCCUGGUAACAUAGUUUUGCAGGCAAGGGCUAAAUUGUCUUUUGUUUGUGCAGGGUUUAUAAAAUAAUGUGCUGCUGUUGUGAUUUUUUUUUUAAUAAGCUAAAUUCAGCAAUAUAUUCAGCUCUGGAAGUAAGCCAUAGUGCAUUGCUGGGUUCUGUUCCAGAGGAGGAAUGUGUGGGUGCAGAAUGACCAGGAACACUUGCUUCAAGCGCUGCUGUCUAAAGCUUUGUGCGUGUGUGUUAUGGUAAUGCCAUUUCAGACCUUUAUUAAUUCAGCUGUGCCCAUAGUUGUGGGGUGAGGAGAGAGUCUGCCUGGCACUGCUCAGAGGAGUGAAUUCAUUGAUGUGUGUUAACAAGGCCACCUUUGUGGCACAACUGAAGGAGCAAUUUCCCCUCCCACGGUGGGGUGGGAAAGCCAGGCUGUGCCCCAGGCAGCCCUCGCUCCUCUGCUGGGACAGGAGGGGUGGUUAAGCUGUUUUUACACUGAGAAUGUCAGGAUUUAUCUGUAAAAAUCCCAGGAGGCUGCAUUAGAAAAGUGGGAUUUUACUGGCAGAUUGUGAGCUCAGACCUGGCUGAAGAAGUGUGGGCAGAAAUGUUUCCCCCAGUGAGAGCUGAGCCCAGGGUUGCUUCUCUUCGCUGGCAAGCACAGCUUGAAAUGUCUCCUGUCCCCCUUUGUUUUACCUCUCUGAUCUGUCAGAGGUGCUGUAACAUCCUUGAGGCUACAUGUUCUAUGUACAGUAGGUAUUUUUAUAGCCUGCUUUCAAAUAUACUGUGAUGAGUGUUUUACUACAAUGGGUGUUCAGUAAAAAGAGUUGUAUAGAAGUGUAAAUAAACUAUUGUGCUGAUACUUGAAGAGGAAAAAAAACGAAGUUGUUGGUUCUACAGUAGGAAGGUACUAAAUCAGUGACUGCAUCUGACCCUGGCUGGAGAGAGCAGGUGCAGAUGAUGAAUGUAGAUUUGAGCUGAAUGUAGAUUUGGAGCGAUGGGUUCUCCCAGGGUUAUCCCUGACUGCUGUUCUGGGAAGGCACAGUUGAGAACUGCAGUUAAUUGUCACUUUCUGUGAGUGUGUCCCCCACUCCUGACAGAGCACUCACUGACAGGGGAGGGGAAGACCCUUGUCCUGACCUUGUGUGUUUGUACCAUUUGACUGCCUCUGUUCUGUGUGUGCUGGCUCAGAUGCAGUCUCUGGACUGGGAUUAAACUGUCCUUUCUUACAUCGUUGGCCUUUGUUGUGAUCUUUCAGACAAAUGUAAUCAUUUGACCUUUGAUCCAAGUAAUAAAGAUCAAAUGCUA